AUGCUCUCUGGCGACCUCCUCAGAUGGCUCGCCGUACUCAUCCUGAGCAACAGAGUCUUCUCAGUCCCCCACCAAGACAAAUGGCAAGACCUCACGAUACACAAGAGAAACCACCUCCUCGCCAGACAAGACCCGCCCCCCGACACCAUGGCGCCCACCCCGUACAUCAUCCUCGCGGACCGGGACGCCACUAGGGAACAGAUUCAGAACCUUAAAAACAUCCUCUCAACGGAAGCCGUCCCGGGGUCUCUGGAGGAGGUCCCCAGCAAACGCACCGGCCUGGUCGUCUUCUUCAAGGCGGCCAUCACCUCCGCCCAGGCUGACGCCAUCGCGAAGGUCCCCGGAUUCGGCAGCGCGACCCCGGAUAGCAAGCUCGAGGAAGACCAGCCUCCCUCGCCGGCCGCGCCGCCGUCGUCGUCGACGCCUAGCCAACCAUCAGCCACGGGCCCGCCCGGCUCGCCGCAGACGACGCUCCCGAACCCGGCCGACAUCGGCCUCCAGUCCGACGCCGCCGACGACCUCAAGAUCAUCUCUCAGCCCCGCGGCUCGAGCCUCAAAGACAUCCCUGCGUUCGGAUACGCCUCCGAGGCAGGCAAGGGAGUGACCAUCUACGCGAUCGACACGGGCGCCAACAUUCAGCAUCCGGAAUGGACUGGCAUGACGGGGGACAAAAGCUUUAUAUACGCCCCUGGCGCUGUGCAGGAAGAGACGGACUUCGCCUCCCACGGCUCCUGCGUGGCGUCUAAGUCGGCGGGUCCGGCGUACGGCACCGCCAAGGACGCCAACAUGGUCAUGGUCAAGCUGCCCGAUGACCUGUCGUUGUCGGCCGUCUUUGCAGCCCUUGUGGAGGUCAGCAACGACGUCUAUGAGAAGGGCAUUGAGGGCAAGGCCGUAAUCGUCAUGGCCUUGGGUCAUACCAUCCCCGACCUGCAAAUGUCCACCGAAACGGCUUAUAGACUUCUCAUCAUCGCCAUCAUGGCCGAAGACAUCGUUAUCGUCACGGCGUCGGGCAACGAGGCAACAGACGAAUUCGAUGAUUUGUCGGACUACCCGGCCCUCUUCGGCGACACCACGGACAUCAUCGUUGUCGGCGGCGUCACGAACGACGGCUCCCGCGCCUUCUUCUCCCAGGGCACCGGCGACCAGCUGACCACCUCAGCUCCGGCCUUCAUCUCCUGCGCCUCGGGUGGGUCCAGCGGCUCGAAGAGGGCCUACGGCACUUCCUUUGGUGAGCCUCUCUCUCUCUCCCUCCCUUUUCAUCACUCCCCUUUCCCCCUCUCCGUCGAGACACACACACAAGAAGAAGCCAGCCUUGCUGACUGCAACGCACCAGCCGCCCCAACUGUUGCCGGCGUCGUCGCCGUCUGGCUCUCCCAGGCCGAACACCACGCCCGGCUCCAGGUCCCCGGCGAGGUCGCCGCCAAGGCGAAGGCCAUGGUCAAGUCCUUCUCGUACCCGCGCGUCACGGGCGGGCCGCCCGUGAUCUGGAACGGCAUCGACCCGCGCCGCCGCGCCUGCAGGGGGAUGGGAAACACUGCCAACAGACGGCGCCAGGACGGCGACGCGACGGACUGCGAAGAAGAGACCACCCCGACCUCGGCGGCGGCGGCGGCGGCCCCAACCGGCUCCUCCUCGACGACGUCGAGGCCCCCUCCUCCUCCCCCGCCCUUCAGACCCUCGUGGAGCGAGAACCCGCAGGGCUUCCGGCGCGUCUUUGAGCGGGACGGCGUCGCGAGCGACAACUAUGACGCCACCUCGAACAGCGCGAGCGAGCGCGUCACCGGCAACAUCGAGCAGUGGUGCCUGGCCAAGUGCACAGGUGAGUCCCCCCCCCCUCCCCGUCCCCCCUUAGGGAUCGAUCUCUUGUUACUAGAGACCCCAAGACUGACCAGGGACUUCGGAACGAACCCAGACCGGUGCGCCUCGGUCUUCCUCUACCGGGUGCUGCAGUUCAGACGAGGGGCGUAUUUCAACCCCUAUUACGUCUGCAACAGGUACAACUCGGCGUGGUCGACCGACUUCGUGAAACCGAGCUCAAGCAGCAUCGACUCCGGAGUCGCCUUCAAGUAA